AUGGACGACAAGAAAACUGCCCACAAGGGACACCAAGCGUUCUUGAUCGCCCUCUGGUGGCUGGCUGCGUAUCCACACACAUCUUCAUCCUCCUCGAGAGCGUCUUCAUCGUCAGGAUCGACGCCCAGAACCUCGCUGCCACCGGCGGUGCUGUCCCGGCAGAUGGGCGGAUCCCAUCGGAGAACCCGCUCGGCGGACAACGUGAACUCUCUCCUCACUGAUUUUACCAUGAUGUUCCAGAGCUUCACCGAGGGCGAGCUCCAGCAUGUGGUCGGCAGCUUGCUCGACCGGAAGAGGAGGAAGAGCCGGCGUCAGGGCGACAGCCAGGCCCGGAGGACUAAGAGAGCGCGGCGGCCGAAGCCCUGCUCCGUGAGGGAGCUGGAGAUGACCGUGAGCGAACUGGGUCUCGGCUACGACAGCCCCGAGACGGUGAAUUUACAAUACUGUGGUAAAUGUUCCUCAAGCAGAAUGUCCCCAGAGGCUCGGCUGAGAUCCAGGGGACGUCCUGGGAUAGAAGAAACUGCAGCUCGCUGCCUCAGCUCGAGACGUCUCCGGAGAAAGAUGGCGGGGAUGGAGGAUGCAGCGGUGACUCUGGAGGACUCGAACAACUGCAGCGAGCAGGUGGUUCUCGUCCUCCUGAGCAGCUCGGGACUCUCCAGAGAUUCAUUCACACAGUGCUUUUAG